GCGCAGUGUGUCCAGAAAGGGCGCGUGAGGGGCACACAGAGGCGGCGGGACGACACACGACUUAGACACAAGUUUGAACGUGUAGCAUCGGACAGCCGGGAAUCAGGCAUUUAAUUCUUCAUAGGCCCGGGUUUGUGUGAGCAGAGGCAAUCCAAUGAUGAUGACGACGAUGGUGACGAUGAAACAAACGGAGACGCAUUACAACAACGGCUACGUGCAGGACGAGUACAUGCUGCAGGAGGAUGAGUGGGACCGCGACCUGCUGCUCGACCCCGCCUGGGAGAAACAACAGCGCAAGACUUUCACUGCAUGGUGCAACUCACACCUGCGUAAGGCUGGGACUCAGAUUGAGAACAUAGAGGAGGAUUUUCGUAAUGGACUCAAGUUGAUGCUCCUUCUGGAAGUCAUCUCUGGUGAAAGGCUGCCUAAACCAGACAGAGGAAAAAUGCGAUUUCACAAAAUAGCCAAUGUGAACAAAGCCCUGGAGUACAUCACCAGUAAAGGGGUAAAGCUGGUGUCCAUUGGAGCAGAAGAGAUCGUUGAUGGAAAUGUAAAGAUGACUUUGGGAAUGAUCUGGACCAUUAUCCUCCGCUUCGCCAUCCAGGACAUCUCAGUGGAAGAAACCUCAGCUAAAGAGGGUCUGCUGCUGUGGUGCCAGCGGAAGACUGCUCCUUACAGGAACGUCAACGUCCAGAACUUCCACUGCAGCUGGAAGGAUGGCCUGGCCUUCUGCGCCCUUAUACACAGACACAGACCCGAUCUGAUUGACUACUCCAAACUCAGCAAGGAUGAUCAUCUAGGCAACCUGAACCUGGCUCUGGAAAUUGCAGAGAAACACCUUGACAUCCCAAAAAUGCUGGAUGCAGAAGACAUCAUCAACACCCCCAAACCUGAUGAGAGAGCCAUCAUGACCUAUGUGUCCUGCUUCUACCAUGCUUUUGCUGGAGCCGAGCAGGCGGAGACUGCUGCUAACAGGAUUUGUAAAGUUCUUGGGGUCAACCAGGAGAAUGAGAAACUCAUGGAAGACUAUGAGAAACUGGCCAGUGAGCUGCUUGAUUGGAUCCGCCGCACCACCCCAUGGCUGGAGAACCGCUCUCCCGAGACCACUAUGGCGGCCAUGAGGAAGAAACUUGAAGAUUUCCGUGACUAUCGUCGCAUUCACAAGCCGCCAAAAGUGCAAGAGAAAUGUCAGCUGGAGAUCAACUUCAACACGCUGCAGACCAAACUGCGUAUCAGCAACAGGCCUGCCUACAUGCCCUCUGAGGGGAAAAUGGUGUCGGACAUUACGAGUGCAUGGCAGGGUCUGGAGCAGGCAGAGAAAGGCUAUGAAGAGUGGUUGCUGAAUGAAAUUCGACGCCUGGAGCGUCUUGACCACCUGGCUCAGAAAUUCCAGCAGAAGGCGUCCACCCAUGAGAGCUGGGCUAAAGGUAAGGACGAGCUCCUGACUCUGAAGGACUACGAGCGGGCCUCUCUGACCGAGGUGCGGGCGCUGCUCAGGAGGCAUGAGGCAUUCGAGAGCGACCUUGCCGCACAUCAGGACCGAGUGGAGCAGAUCGCAGCCAUCGCACAGGAACUCAAUGAACUGGACUACCAUGCUGCAGCAGCCAUUAACGAGCGCUGUCAGCAGAUGUGUGAUCAGUGGGACCAGCUGGGAACUCUGACUCAGAAACGGAGAGAGGCCCUGGAGAGGACAGAGAAGUUGCUGGAGACAAUUGAUCAGCUCUUCCUGGAGUUUGCUAAAAGAUCUGCUCCGUUUAAUAACUGGAUGGAGGGAGCCAUGGAGGAUCUGCAAGACAUGUUCAUAGUGCACAGCAUAGAGGAGAUAGAGAACCUGAUUUCGGCCCAUGACCAGUUCAAAGCGACGCUGCCCGAGGCAGAUGUGGAGAGACAGGCCAUCCUGAGCAUCUACAACGAGGUGCAGAAAAUCUCCCAGACUUACAACAUCAAUCCCAACCUCACCAACAUAUACUGCACCAUCACCCCGACUGAGAUCAACCUCAAAUGGGACAAGGUGAAAACGCUGGUCCCUCAGAGGGAUACUGCGUUACGGGAUGAGUUAUCCAGGCAGCAAAUGAACGAGCGCCUCAGAAGGCAGUUUGCGGCCCAGGCCAACGCGAUCGGACCCUGGAUACAGGCGCGCAUGGAGGAGAUUGCAAGCUGCUCUGUGGAUGCAGGCGGCACUUUGGAGGAUCAGAUGAAUCAGCUGAAGCAGUGUGAGGGUAUGAUCAUCAACUACAAGCCCAACAUCGACAAGCUGGAGGGAGAUCACCAGUUUAUCCAGGAGUCACUCAUAUUUGACAACAAACACACCAACUACACCAUGGAGCAUAUUCGUGUUGGAUGGGAGCACCUCCUGACGACUGUGGCUCGCACCAUCAAUGAGAUCGAGACUCAGAUCCUGACCCGCGACGCCAAGGGCAUCAGUCAGCAACAGCUCACCGAGUUUCGCUCAUCCUUCAGACACUUUGACAGGAAGAAGAAAGGAGGAAUGGACACAGAUGAAUUCCGUGCAUGUCUCAUCUCCAUGGGUUAUGACCUGGGUGAGGCGGAAUUUGCUCGGAUCAUGUCAGUGGUCGAUCCGAAUAGUAAGGGAACGGUGACGUUCCAGUCGUUUGUGGACUUCAUGACCCGUGAGACUACUGAGACUGACACUGCUGAACAAGUUGCCGCCUCCUUCAGGAUCCUCGCUGGUGAUAAGCCGUAUAUAAUGAUUGAAGAGCUGAGGCGUGAACUGCCUCCUGAACAGGCUGACUACUGCAUCGCCAGGAUGCCCCUGUACACUGGGCCUGACGGAGUGCCAGGAGCCUUGGAUUACCAUGCCUUCUCUUCUGCUCUCUAUGGAGAGAGUGACCUUUGAACAAACACACACACACACACAUUUUUUCUUCUAAUUGCCAUGUGUUACACUACUGUUUCAAGCACGCCCGCCUCCAACGACUCCAAUGACCCUCAUGACUCAAAAGCAUGUUAUCAACUACAACACAGUGUGUCUCCUUCACACUUCAACUAUGUGUAGAGUUAUAUCACCUAGUUUGCUAACUAGAUGGUUCACUAAUUACCUAGUUUGCUAAUUAACUACAGAGAAUAAAGUAGCAAUGUUACAUCAGUAAAAACGUAUACCUGAAAUAUUUGCCUACAUAAAAACCUAAUUUGAAUUAAAAAAAAUUAAAAAUACUAGCUUAUCCACCAUGUUUACUGUUUUGAGUAAAUACAUAGCAUCAGAUUGCAAUGUCAUCUUGGUAAUUUCUGCUCCAGAGUCACUCUUACUCUGUCUCCAUCUACAGUCACAUUUCACUCCAAGAGAUUAUUUUACAUACUAUCAUUUAAAAAAGAUUAGCUGUUUAAAUAUUGGCACAGUUCUUAAAUUGAUGACUGGGACUCAAUUAUGGGAAAAAGGUGAGGGAACCUCAACAAGAGUGCUUUGAAAACAGUAUUGGAACACAGAUUUAAUUUUUUUUCCUUGAAUAAAGUGAAAAUACCUUAUGGAAAAAGCAGUACUGGUGAAAACUGGUUUAACAUUGGAAGGAUAAUGAGAAAAAACAUUAACAUUUAAACAUUUAUUUCUUUAUUAAUUCUGAACCAGGAGAAAAAUGAAUAUGCCUGAACACAGUAUAUUAGUGACCUUUUACUCGGGUUGUCCAUUGUUCAAAUUUCUUGUAUAACUAAUUUCAUACCUUGAUAAUGCACUCCAGAAUCAGUUUUGUGCUUUUGAACAUGAGAUUAUAACUCACCAUAAGCCUCUGAUGAUUAAUUUUCAGCUGUUUUGUUUCUAAGCAGCUAUUGUUAAUCAAGAACACACAGAGAUUUAAUAAUCCAAUAAAGCCUAAUUGAUAGCAA